UGGACGACUUCUCUGUAUCAGAAUUGAAUUGCAUACACUUGUUCCUCAAUGGCAUUUAGUUUGCCCUUUUCCUCGUCCGCCUCUUCUUCUUCCGCUCCUAAACGGCCUUACGAUGUAUUCUUGAGUUUUAGAGGAAUAGAUACUCGCAAUACUUUUACUACCUAUCUAUAUCAUACUCUAUGUCAAAAGGGAAUCAAAACCUACAUAGAUGAGAAAGAUCUUGAAAGAGGAGAGAUAAUUUCACCUACACUUCUCAAAGUCAUUGAGGACUCAAUGAUUUCUAUCAUUGUAUUAUCUUCAAACUAUGCAUCAUCUACAUGGUGCUUGGAAGAGCUAACGAAGAUCCUUGAGUGUAAGAAAACAAAACAACAAAUUGUUUUACCAGUAUUUUACCAUGUAGAUCCAUCAGAAGUACGAAAUCUGAGAGGACGUUUUGGAGAAGCUUUGGCUAAACAUCAGGAGAGAUUCAAGGAGGACCCAAAGGUGCAGAAGUGGAAGGAAAGCUUACAAGAGGUUGCCAGUUUGUCUGGAGAACAUUUGGAAGACGGGGAUGAAUAUGAAUUUAUGCAUAAAAUCAUUGAAUGGGUAGACUCGAAAAUAGUUAAAUAUACAUACGAGUUAGACAUUGCUGAGUAUCCAAUUGGACUAGAGUCUCGUCUAAAAGACUUGAAUACUAAGUUAGAAAUUGGAAGGAAUGACAUUACUCUCAUGAUAGGGAUUUAUGGAAUUGGUGGAAUUGGUAAAACAACUCUCGCCAAAGCAGUCUUUAACUCAAUUGGACAUCAAUUUGAAGCUAGAUGUUUUCUAGCAAAUGUUAGAGAGAAAUCGAGUCAAAAUGACGGUCUGGUCACACUGCAAAAGCAACUUCUUUAUGAGCUCUUAGGAAACUUUGGAAGUUUGAAUAUUGGCGGUAUUGGAGGUACUAAUGUUAUAAAGCAUAGGCUCUGCUCUAAAAGGGUACUUAUAAUUCUUGAUGAUGUGAGCGAGUCAUGCCAAUUACAAAAACUAGCUGGAAAUCAUAAUUGGUUCGUUCCAGGAAGUAGAAUAGUAGUAACAACAAGAGAUGAACGUCUAUUAACUUCUCAUAAAGUUGAUUCAACGUACGAAGUGCAGGGAUUGGACGACAACCAAGCUAUUCAGCUAUUUAGUUGGCAUGCAUUUGAAAGACACAAUCCAGAUGAAAGUUAUGUAGAACUCACAAAAGCUAUAAUAAGUUAUGCUAAGGGCCUUCCACUAGCUCUUAGAGUGCUUGGUUCAGAUUUGCGUGGUAGAAGUAUACAAGAAUGGGAAAGUGCAUUGGAAAAGUAUGAAAGAAGUCCUCACAAGGAAAUUUAUAAAAUUCUUAAAAUAAGCUAUGACGGGUUGGAUGAUAAUGAAAAGGAAAUUUUUCUUGACAUUGCAUGUUUCUACAAGAGGAUUUCUGUUGAAUAUGCCACGAAAAUACUAGGCUUUUCAUCAUAUUGUGUCAUUGCAAGGCUUAAAGAAAAGUGUCUCAUCAAUAUUAAUCGUGAUCAAUAUGUGGAGAUGCAUGACUUAUUGCAUGAAAUGGGUAAAGAAAUUGUUCAACAAGAAUCGUCCAAAGAAGCUGGCAAGCGUAGUAGAUUGUGGUCUUUUGAAGAUGUUCGCCAUGUAUUAGAAGAAAAUACGGCAACAGACAGCAUUGAAACGAUUCUGUUAGAUAUUCCUGAAGGCCAUGAUCACAAGAUAUGCUUGGAUUCCAAGGCAUUUAAGAAGAUGAAGAAUCUUCGAUUGUUUAUAAAUCGAAAUGCACAAUUUUCUGCAGGACCAGAAUAUCUCUCUAAUGAGAUAAGAGUGUUUGAUUGGCCUGAAUAUCCUUCCUCAUUUUUGCCUUCUAAUUUUCAUGGAAAUAAUCUCACUAUAUUAAGAAUGCCUUUUAGCCUCAUCAAGGAGUUAGGCGGCCUAAAAUCCAAGAACUUGACAGUUAUGGAUUUAUUUAAAUGUAAAUCCAUAACUAAAAUUCCUGAUCUUUCAAGUAGUCCAAAUUUAGAGAUCUUGUAUCUUGGAUUGUGUAAGAACUUAGUUGAGGUUCAUGAUUCCGUUGGAUUCCUUGAUAAGCUUUCGAGUUUUCUUGUAAGUGGAUGCUGCAAGCUUAGGAUUUUGCCGAAAAGAUUCAAGUUGAGAUCUCUACGUGUUUUUCAUCUUGGUGGUUGCUGGAAUCUUGAAGACUUUCCAGAGAUUGAGUGUGAAAUUGAAUUUUUACAUAUGUUAAAUCUUGGUGAAACUAGCAUAAAAGAACUACCUUCGUCAAUUGAGAACCUCAAAGGACUUGAAACGUUACAUCUACAACGCUCUAGUCUAAAAGAACUACCUUCAUCAAUUCUUACUCGGCUUAAUGAAUUAGAGGUAGUCGGCUGCAUUGAUCAGUUGCAAAGUCUACCGCGUAUUGUCAAAGUCGACGGUUAUUCACAAGUACCAAUACACAUUAGACAGGUGGAAGAGGAUGGUACACACUCCAUGCCAUCUGUUGUGUCUACAGGCGAAGAAUGUGAAAUUGCAGAAUUGACUCCGACAAAUUCAAUCAUUUUUAAUGAUGCAGGUUCCUCCUCAAGCACGAUAAUUUGGGAAUCGCUAUAUGAUUUAAGUCUUCGAUUCUGUUGCCUGUCAGAAUCAAAUUUCUUCACAAAUGGCAACAAUUACUUUCCCGCUUUGGUUGAGUUAGAUCUAAGUGGGAGUGAUAUUGUUAUCUUUCCACCUCAAAGCGUCAGAUUUGAUAGGUUGCGAGACCUUUGUUUGAACAAUUGCAAGAAACUUGAAGAAAUUUUACCUCUUCCAUCAAGUAUAGCAAGCGUUGAAGCUCGUGAAUGCACGUCAUUGGAAAGUUUUGCACUACCAUCUGAAAUACUUGUUAAAAACAAUGGAACGAAUUUUCCUAACCACCUAAGGAUUGACUUGUACGGAUGCCACAAACUGAUUCCUUCAUGGGAAGAUCAGAUACAUUCUAAGGAACAAAAUUGGGCACACCACUUCAAAUAUAUUUCCAUUAUAUUUCCAGGAAAGAGGAUUCCAAGCUGGUUCAUCUAUCGCAAGGAGGCCCAUGAUGGUAAUCUGUGUGAAAUAGAUGUUGAUCCACCACAUCAUUGGAAUCACAUAGUUUUCUAUCUUGUUUUUGCAUAUAGAGUUGGGAUCACUAACUCAAUAGGUAAGAUGGGUUCUAUUGCUGUCAAAAUCCAUGAUGGCUCGAAUUCAGAGUACGUAUAUUAUUUUCAAGAAUCUAUCAGAUUUUCUUCAAUGGUCUCAGACCAUGUAUUGAUGUGCUGGACGAGUUACAACAGACCCAAUAAACAAGCCGUUUCAAGGUUUAGUUUUGAAUGUAAGUCAGAGCUCCUAGUCAUUAGAAGGGUUGGGAUCCAUUUGCCAAGGCUUGGUUCCGAAUUUGUUUAUUCAAAUAGUGAUGAAAAAAGUGACAGUUCACUAGAUUUAGUGUAUGGAAAAAGGCAUUCCUCAAUUUCGGAAUUAGAGGAUGACAACGAGAAUCCAAAUGAAGAUUUGGGAUUAGAGAAUGAUGACGAAAAUCUGAAUGAAAGAUUUGGUAAGAGGCGUUGUCAUGAUGGAUAUGAUUGCAACCUCGAAUUCAAUUUGUAUCUUCAACAAAAGAGGCAGCAUUCCUCAACUAUGGGCAUUAGAAUAACGGAAUUAGAGAAUAAUGAUGAGCAUCCAAAGCAAGAUUUGGAUUUAGAGCUUAAACUUGGGUUGUAAUUAAAAGGUGCAAUCUUCAAUUUUUGUCGUUGUUUGCUGCCUUCUUGAGAUAGGGAGAUGCAUGAACUUGAGAAGAUGGAAUCCGAACUGAACCAAACAUAUCACUAUCCAUGAUACCAAACAAUUUGUAGAUCAUGUGAAGCUGUCACACAGACUCGUAUCAAAUGCUAACGUAGAAGAUUGUCUGUAUCGGGUUCUCGGCGCCGUUGCAUCAACUCCUCUUGCAGUGCAUCAGUUUCAAUUGUUGAAGAUGCAACAAUUUCCCCUCUCUACUGUUGCUUCUGAGUUGGUAUUCAACAUUAAGGGUCGUGUGUUAGUAUUAGAUUCAUUUUGAAGCUCCUUGGCCCCAAAAACAGUUGAAGCUCUUAUUUGCACACAAAAUUGGUUGAAAGCUCCCUCCAUUAAUCAUGACUCCCAAGACUUAAUGGAAGAUGCCGAAAGCUAUAAGCUGUAAAAUGAUUGUCUGUAUCGGGUUCUCGGCGCCGUUGCAUCAACUCCUCUUGCAGUGCAUCAGUUUCAAUUGUUGAAGAUGCAACAAUUUCCCCUCUCUACUGUUGCUUCUGAGUUGGCAUUCAACAUUAAGGGGUCGUGUGUUAGUGUGAGAUUCAUUUGGAAGCUCCUUGGCCCCCAAAAUAGUUGAAACUCUUAUUUGCACACAAAAUUGGUUGAAAGCUCCCUCCAUUAAUCAUGACUCCCAAUACUUAAUGGAAGAAGCCGAAAGCUAUAAGCUGGAAAAUGGGAUAACUUUGAAUAAUGUUUUGAAUAUGGACGGUUGAAGAAUACGAGGGAUAUGAUUCAAUUCCAGCAGAGGUUCCUGACCCAAAAGCCAAAAGGGUUAGUUUAGCUUAAGAAGCCAUAGCAUAAGCAAGGCCAUGUGUAUGAAUUGCUGCUUGGCUUUAAUAAUGUUGACAAAACUGGGCACCUUUUGGAUCAUAGUUUGCAAUCCAAAAGGUUGCUUUAUUUUAAUUUAUUCUCCUUGUUUCCAUUUCUUUUUCUUUUUUAUGUUGACUGCUGCUAUUUUGUGACAUGAUACCUUUGAAAAGCAUUAAAACUAAUAUUAAAGAAGAUGAAAACAUCUCACAAUUCUUUUCCAUUAUAAGCCUGAUCAUUGGGAUGAAGAAGAGGAUGGAAUAUGGAAACCCUCCAAGGUACCUAAUCCACAUAUAAAGGACCAUGGAAGCACAAGAAAAUUAAGAACCCCAAUUAUACAGGGAAAUGGAAGACUCCUUGGAUUGAUAAUCUAGAUACAAGAACCAUUGAAGGACCCAUAAUAAUUGAUAAGAACUGUGAAAAUAUUCAAUAGAUGGCACCAAACAUAUAUUGUUGUGGAGGAGGAACUGCUGCCGAUAUAGAGGCAAUAACAGGUCAGUUCACAACUGCGACUGCAUCGCUACCAUACUGGUCAAGAAUCAAGGUUGUCACAGCACUCACUCACCCUCAUGAAGAAUCACCUUUUUCAAGUGAAGUUUUAUUUGUUGCAAGCCAAGAAAUGAAAGUUGCAUUUGAGUUGAUGUUACUGGACGUCAUCUGCAUACUGAGGAAGAAUAACCAGAUGUAUCAAGUCAUGUCAGAAGUUUUGUAGAAACAACAUUGUGGUUGUUUUCCUUUUUGUGUAUAUAUUAUAACAAAUUUGUCGGGUUUGGUUUAUUAAAGAUCUUUGCUUAUUUGUUGUUGGAUUUUCGUAAAUUUCGUUCAAGAAUUCUGAAUACUUUUUGGAUAUAUUGAAUACAUUAUGAUCGUUCAUAA